AUGGAUCCUCUCACUCCUGAGCAAGUGGCUUCCUAUCACAAAGAUGGCUUUCUUCUUCUGCGCGCAAACGAACACAAGCUUGUGGACCCUACAGCCCUGAAGCAAUGGACCGAAGAAAUACAAGCCUGGCCUCGCGUCAAAGGCAAGUGGAUGCCAUACGAUGAGAUUAACAUCAACGGUGAGCGCCAACUCAUGCGAACCGAGCGCUUCGUCGAUUUCCACCCUCAAUACAAGGAUCUCGUGUGCGGCGACAAACUGGCCCAGAUCCUCAAGGCCGUGUCAGGCGACGACAUGCUCCUCUUCAAAGACAAAAUCAAUUACAAACAACCCCACGGAAACGGCUUCCAAGCCCACCUCGACGCCCCCGCCUACGACCACAUUGGGCGCAUCGAGCAUGUAACAGCAAAUAUCGCCAUCGACGCCGCCACCCUCGAAAACGGCUGUCUGGAAGUUGUUCCCGGCUCUCACAAGAUGGAAGUCGAAUUCGCCGAGCAUGGACGCAUCAAGCCCGAAUGGGAAGCCCGUCAUGAAUGGAUCUCUAUCCCGCUUGAAGCAGGCGACAUGCUCGUUUUCGGCUCGCACCUCGCGCAUAGAUCAGCGGAGAACAAGACGGAGAAGAGCCGGUCGAGUCUUUAUGCCACGUUCCAUUCGAAGAAAGAUGGGCUGGAUUUGCGGGAGAGGUAUUACAAGCAUCGGAUUGAGAACUUCCCGCCUGAGCAUGAGAGGAUUGAGGGGAAGGAUUAUUCGGCCGGGUAUAGGACUUAUGGGUUUGCGGCGCCUUUUACGACUAUGGACCAGAAUGCUUAG